GAUUGCAAAUGCGUGAUUCAGCUCCCAGCCAUCCAACAACAGCUCUUCACGAUGGGAAGCCAACAUGCCAACAGAAAGACAUGCCCACUACAAGUACAGGUAUCCCUGAUAGAGUGUUAAUAUUAAUAGAGUUUGACAUUGGUUCAUGAUAUAGAUUGCAUUGCAUAGAAGCGAGACUGAGAAGAUGGCGGAUCCAUCUCAACAACAGCAGAGAAUGCGGCAGCAACAGCAGCAGGCCAUGUUCAAGCAUACCAUGGAGUACCCCAUUCAAUUUGAAUUUCCAGCUACCAUUACUAGUACCAGUACAUCAGUUUCAUCAUCAUCCGACGACACUAAGGAGAAUAACAAUAAUAAAGACAAGAAGCCCCUACGGACAGAUCCCGAUUUUCUUCAAAUCCGACUGUUUGAAGCAGGUAUACCCUUUGCUCACCCUCAGUCUCUUGGUCAAACUGCCGAGCAGCUUCAUUCCUUUGUCACUCGAUUGGAACAAUCCGGUUGUUAUGAAAGCAUCAAUGUGGAAAUUGACCAGAAACAAAAUCAGACAAGUCCAGAGCAGCAGCAUGCCACACAACAACUCACCAUUCAACUCAAAGAAAAAAACUGGUAUCGACUCUACGUGGGAGGAGGCAUAAGAAAUGACAUGAAUGCCGAACUGGGUGGUGGAAACUCUGUCAAUAGCAUGCUGGCCAAGACGCAAUUUGAAACUACGGCAGGCCUCAAUAAUCUAACCGGUUGCCUCGAUACCACAUCGCUACAAUACACCGUCGAUGCGACCUCCCAAUCACGAUGGGAUUUCCAACACGUGCGACCACUCGAUGCUCUGCUACACCCAGACUCCAUUUUGGCAUCCCUCUUCUUUUCCAAUGAUGGUGAUAGUCAAAAAACAAGUGACUAUUCCAUUGCCUUGCGAGCGGCAUUGGAUACGUUAGACUAUGAAUGGACGCGCAGCUACAAAGAACGACAACGACGAAUAUCACUCACACUCGCCAACACCAAUGUGCCUCAUGCCGAAAUGAUGAGUGACGACAAACCCUAUGUCGGGUUCGAAUGGAGUUGGAAUUUUAGAGACUUGUUACCACGCCGACAAUCGACCAUGCCUUAUUCGAUAGAUGCAUCACCCGAAAUUGCCGCACAAGCGGGACCUUCCGAAACAAACUCGAUCCAGUGGGAGUAUCGGACCAAUGGAGUGUUUUGUGACAGCAAGUUGAAUCCAUCCCAAGGAAUUGAUUACUACACCAAAGCCGAAAUUGCUGGACCACCGGGAGAUGUGGGAUUUGCCAAAGUACAAAGUGGUGGCGCGGUUCAUAUACCGCUCCUGAAUCAUCUGUGCAGUUUGCACGGCUCACUCCAUACGGGCUUGCUGGAACCAUUGUCGUUUGGUGGGGCAUGUCCCAAACCACCCACCGUCUCGGACCGGUUCUUUGUCGGGGGUCCACUGCAAUUGCGAGGAUUCUCUCCCGCUGGGAUUGGUCCCCGUGCGCCUGAACAGGGAGAUGCCCUAGGAGGAGAAUUCUUUUACACGGCAACCUUGGCGGCGUCCAUGACGACGGCAGCACUCGAUCAGUAUGGAAUUCGACUCUUUGGAUUUGCUAAUGUUGGAACGCUAGCUGGAUCUUUGGCUACCUUGACCGCAUCUCCCUCUGCCGUCGUCAAGAGUUCCCGGGUAUCUGCGGGUGUGGGCGCUUCGGCCGCCUUGCCCAUGGGACGAAUCGAAGCCACAUAUGCGUGGCCAAUCCGGUACGGUCCCAGAGAUAUGAGACGAAACGUGCAGUUUGGACUCGGAUUUAGUUUUGGUUAAUAACAGAUACUACAAUAGAAUUAUUAUAACGACAGAGCUAGUUUGGGUAUUCCCGAACGACAUGUACUACGAUUUUACGAUUUGAUUGAAUAGACUUGGAAGAAAGGGUUUUUUGUUUGUUUGUUUG